AUGAUCUUCUUUAACCCAAGCAGCAUCAUGCGCAACAUGAUUGCAUUCCUCUCCAUCCUCGUCCUCACUGUCUUCGUCACCACUGCGACCCCAAUUUCCGAAGACGAGGGUUCCACCAUUCUACCUCGUGCUGUGUUGUGCAAACUCGCUGCAGGUGGUUGGUGUACCCUAAGUGUCGCCAACACACCCGGGAGAAUCAAGAAUAAGCAGGGCACUGAUUACAUUUGGCUUUGGGACAGCCAGUGUAACCCGAUUGGGGGUGGUUGGGUCGGUCUCAAUAUUGACCUGGCCAGUCAACUUAGGUAUAAAAUUAUUGGAAUUAGAGCACACGAUAGCAACUUGAAGAAUAUGCCAGACUUUUAG